AUUAUGCGAUAUUACGUUGGUAUGGCCAUCGACAGAAAAUUUAUGUAUUUUUUAUGAAUUAUAAAGGUAUUAUGCAGUAUUAUGCAGUAUUAUGCGAUAUUACGUUGGUUAUGGAUUAUUGACAGAAAAAAUAUGUAUUUGUUAUAUAGAGAGGAUGUCGGAUAAUGCGGUUUCAUUUGUCGGGUCCAUUUGGUUGGAGAAGUAUGACUGAACGUCUGUCGGACUUUUAAUAUCGAUAAAGUAUGAAGGGUACUAGUUAUGUUGUACGUCGUGUGUCGGGACCACUUAGCCCGGUGCUAAAUGAAGUCGUUCCCGAAAUUGUGUUUGCAAAAAAGAUGGCUGUUCUUUUUAAGCAAUUUCUACUCUUUCCUUCAAAAUAAAUCUUUACAAAAGCAUUUAAAAAGGGGCAUGGUAUAUAAAUGAAGUAUAGAAAGGUUUCUGUAAGGUUUGUUUAUGUUUUUUUCAGUUUUGAUGAUAUUAUUGAUGCAAGACAUGUUUGUUAGCUAGCAUCAUAAAACCAACCACACCAACAACAACCUAAUAGCUAGCUAGCUCGGACUUUAUAAAUAUGUAGCCAUGUUCUUUAUGCCUAGCAAAGUCGCCAGUUUAUAUUUAAGUGACCAGCUAUUAGCUGCUGUAGCUACCUUAUUUUAGCUUCAGUUUUAUGUUGCUUUUUACAUGUAAGCUAAUCUUAGUGGUCUUUGCUAAGAAUGUGACUGUAACUUAUUUUAAUUGACAUUUUAAGCUUAAAUUAACAACCCACAACAACUUUUAAAAAAGUAUUACAUAAUAUUUAAGAAGAGUUUAAGGACUGUUUUCAAGCAAAUAAUGUAUUUUUCACAAUUUGUGUAUGCAAAUAAUGUAUUUUUCACAUUUUGUGUAACUAAACUUAUAUACAUCGGUUACAUGCAAUAUGACGAAACGAUUUUUAUUUAACAUGUAGUAAUUCUGGUACCUUAAGUGUAGUGAUUUUUGUUGUUCUAGAUUUUCUGACUAAAAUGUUUUUGUUUAUGACAUUUUGUCUUAUUAAGAAAAGUUUCAACUUUUUUGAGGGAGUACAACACCGAAAAGACUUGUGUUUUUUUUUAUAUUUUGCAUAAAUUCUUACCGGGCAGGACAACAUACCGAAAUGACUGAUCCCUCUCUAUUUAUAAAUUUGAUACGUUCCAAAUCGCAGUUUUUUGAAAUUUUGAGUAAUAUUUAAUGAGUACAAGAUACAAAUACUGAUUUUUGUUGAAUCAGAAGUAUUUCCUAGAACCAUUCUUUUUUUACACUUUUGUGGAGAAAAAGUGUAUGCAAUAUCAUCAGAAUAACUGAUUUUGUUGCAAACUGUUUUUCUUUUUCACAUUUUGGAUUGAAAUAUUGUUAUAAAGGGCAUAUAUCAAUAGACAUAUAUAUACCAAAAUAAUUAAAUUCUGCAAACUUUGAUUUUGUCGUUCACCUCUCAUCUUUUAUAUUUUGAUUAAACUUUUGAGGAAAAUCAUAGGAAUUAUUUAGAAUAUGUAUUUUGUGUUAGAAAUUUAGUGCAAAAAUUGACGUAAAAUGAACUGUUAAAUUGAUUGUUGUUGUUUUAACAUGAAUUAUGACUCAAACUUUGUUUUUGCAUUUCUAAUUUGACUAAUUAGCCUAAAAAUUUGCCAAUUGGUUUUACACUCUGUUCUUUUUUAUAUAUAUUUUAUGUAAACAUAGAAGUACACAAGUAAAGUUAGAAGCUACAAGAAGUUAAUUCGAAAGUGAAGAGUGGAGCUAGAAGUAGUAAAGAAAAGUUAGAAGUAGAAAAUGAAAGCUUGGGCUUAACGUAGAUUUGGAUUCACAAAUAAUGUUUAUGCUGGAUGGUGUUAAAACCCUGAAUGACACAAUCCCUAAAGUUUUAUCACAAAAUCUGAGUGCACAUAAUGUGGAGCUAAAUAAUCCAUUUAUUGUUGUUGAAGGUUUAGAUGGAACAGGAAAAUCCACCAUAACGCAAAAUUUAUGUGAGCAUUUCAAUGUUUGCAAGGUUGUGACGCCGCCUGAUUCGAUACGCCAUAUACGAAAGAAGUUUGACCAUCUACCAGAGUUGUGUCGCCGGGCUUAUUAUUCGUUUAGUAAUUACAUGGCAGCCAAGGAGGUACUUGAUGUCAUACGAACUAGACCUGUUGUUAUGGACAGAUAUUGGCACAGCACAACAGCAUAUGCGAUUGCGAAAGAGGUAGCGGUAGGAAUAGAACACCAUCUUCCCGAUGAAGGAGAUUCGUUAUAUGCGUGGCCAGAAGACUUACUCCGUCCGUCGGCCGUUUUGUUUCUUACGACACCAGAGAAACAUCGUGAUGUGAGGGUGAAUGAAAGAGAAGAUGUGACGGCAGAAGAAAAAGAGAUUAGUGAAAACGAACGUCUUAGGAUGAGAAUAAUGAAAGUUUAUCAAAGAUUUGGAAACACAAAAUGGGUUGAGGUCGAUACGAGUGGAACUAAAGAAGAGAGUUUACAAAUAGCUAUUAAAGGUCUUGCAGACGUCGGAGUGGAGCUAACAAAAAGAGAAUGCUGAGUGGAUGUAAUUUCUUCUGAGGCUUCGAUAUUCGAGCAAAAAAAAAAAAGAUCUUUAAGAGAUCUAGAACAGUUUUGUUACCUACGUAAAUCUUUUUAUGUUAUUUUAAUUUUAAGGUGAACACAUGGAGGGUUACAAUAGUCUGUAGGUGUCUGUAGCUACAUCUAAGUUUCCCUGUAGUUUAUUUUAAUUUUGUUAAAAAAAUUGUUUCGUAAUUAUAUAAAAUGAUGAUUCGGAUGUGCAACUUUGAGGUUUACAGGAUGUAAAGUAUUAUGCUGAAUUACUUAUUUGAAACAGUCUAAAUAGAAUGAACUGCUGAUGAAAAAUGUUUAUUGUUAGAGAAAAUUUAACCUUUAGCACUAGAAACUAUUAAUAAAUUUAAUCAUUUUGGAGAAAAAUUCUUUUUUUUAAUCCUCAAACCCUCCUACAAACACCCGCAUUUCGUACGGUGUGUGUAGAAUAUUGACACUCACGAAAAAAAAUCCGGUUUGCGCUUAAACUAAUAUAUUCACUAUAAAUGGCGAAAGUAAUUCUUUUUUGCAUAAUUUACCUUAUCGGCCCUUUUAACGCCGCCCACAACCCUUUCAGCGUUUUUCACCUCAAGGUAAACGCAAAGAUUCCGGCCACGAGGUUAUACCUAUUUUUAGCAAAACUUGCUUUUUUGUAUUUUAGGUAACUUUAUUUGCGAAAAUAAAGUCUUGCGAAAUAUUGUUGAUAAAAAAAAUCAGCAACUUUUGCGAUUUCUAUCAGAUUGCUCCAUGCAAUCCGAUUCACAAUUUCGCUUGAAUUGUCUUACUAGCGAAAUACAACCUCCUACUAUCUAAAAAUGACAGUGACUCACACCCUACUCUCGAAAAAUUCUUAAAAUCUUUCUAUACAGACACUUCCUCAUCAAAAGCGUAGUGUAGUCUCACACAGUCUCUUUAAUAAUAGCCGUAUUCCGUCUGUCGGUUCGUGCGUCUCUUUGUCUUUUUGUUACGGAAACACAAAAUGCGAUAUAUAAAGGACGAGUGACCCUGUGGAUUUUUCCACGGGUUAACGACUAGUAUGCUUAUAAUACCUUUUAUUUCAUUCGCAACGCUUACAAUACGCUUAAAGGGAAGCUGAGGUAUAAAAUGAUAUCGGACUUAUAUUAUAGAGCUUAAAAAUUUAAUUAUGUUGCAUAAAUUAUGAUGUCAUAAGAGAUGUGCAUUUAAACUUUAUUAAUGCAUAAAUAUUAUAAAGUUAAAUUGAUUAACAUAUUCUUUUGCCAAAAUGACACUCCUUUUCUCGUUCCAGGCCUGUUAGUUUUUUCCCAAUGACCCAAUAACUCUGGAUCUGCAACUUGAUUUUCGAACAUUUAAAGUAUGUACGCAUAUAUGGAAAAUAAUUAUGUAUGUAGACUUGCUAUUUCCA